GUACCGACCACUGCAGAACGGCACAGCAGCAGAGCUGCGUGUAGGCAGGGGCAUGCAAGUCACCACCGCCCAGGGUGCCUCAUCGCCGCUGCCACGGACGAGUGGCUGACCCUGGCGACAGAGGCUAGCGGCGCUGAUGUGAACUGGUUUGUUCAGACCCUGCUCGGGCCGCAAUACUGCCCGACGAGCGCAGAGAAAGCGGCACGUACCCUCUCCAGGUCCCACAAGCGCCGCUGCGGAGCGUGCCCAGCCCGGCCCACAGGGUGCUAGAGGGUCAGAAAGGACCCGCCUUUCCCAGGCCGGGGCCCGCCGGGGCGAAGGUUGUUCCCAAGGCCACGUGAGGUUUCCUCGCCCCUAAAAAGGCCCACGCAGGCAGGGCUAAUGGAAGAGGGAAGUUGAGGACGUCCCGACCUCGGAGACGCGGCGCCCUGCAGCCGGCCCAAGAGCCGCUCCCGCGACAGCCGCCUCGUCCCGCCCGAGCGAUGGCCCCCCGCAGCCGGGACGGGCGCCUCGGGCUGCCCGCGCCGCCGCCGCCGCCGCCGCCGCCGCUGCUGCUGCUGCUGCUGCUGGCCGCCGCGGUGCCACCGAGCCUGGCAGAAGUCUACUAUGCAACUGCGUACUGGAUGCCUGCUGAAAAGACAGUACAAGUCAAAAACGUACUGGACAGGAACGGGGACGCCUGUGGCUUUUACAAUGACUCUGUGAAAACCACAGGCUGGGGCAUCCUGGAAAUCAAAGCGGGGUAUGGUUCUCAGGCCCUGAGCAAUGAGAUCGUCAUGUUUGUGGCCGGCUUUUUGGAGGGCUACCUCACUGCCCCACACAUGUAUGACCACUUCGUUAACCUCUACCCGCAGCUGAUUAAGAAACCUUCCAUCGUGGAUAAAGUGCAAGAUUUUAUGGAGAAGCAAGAUCAGUGGACCCGGAAAAACAUCAAAUAUUACAAGGAUGACCCAUUUUGGAGACAUACAGGCUAUGUUGUGACACAAAUGGAUGGGCUGUAUUUAGGAGCAAAGAAGAGGGCUAUGUUAGAAAAGACAAAGCCUAUGACCAUGUUCCAGAUUCAGUUCCUGAAUGCCAUCGGAGAUCUGUUGGAUCUGAUUCCCUCAGUCUCUCCCACAAAAAAUUCCAGCAUGAAGGUUUUUAAGAGAUGGGACAUGGGACACUGCUCGGCUCUUAUUAAGGUUCUUCCUGGAUUUGAGAACAUCUUUUUUGCUCACUCAAGCUGGUACACAUACGCAGCCAUGCUCAGGAUAUAUAAACACUGGGACUUCAACAUCAAGGAUAAAGACACCAGCAGUCAUCGCCUCUCUUUCAGCAGUUACCCAGGGUUUUUGGAGUCUCUGGAUGACUUUUACAUCCUUAGCAGUGGUUUGAUAUUGCUACAGACCACAAAUAGUGUGUACAAUAAAACCCUAUUAAAGCUGGUGGCACCCCAGUCUCUCCUGGCGUGGCAAAGAGUCCGUGUGGCCAAUAUGAUGGCAAAUGGUGGUAGACAGUGGGCAGAGAUCUUUUCACGCUACAACUCUGGCACCUAUAACAAUCAGUACAUGGUCCUGGACCUGAAGAAGAUAAAGGUGAAGUACAGCCUUGACAAUGGCACUCUGUACAUUGUGGAGCAAAUUCCUACAUAUGUAGAAUAUUCUGACCAAACUAAUGUUCUACGGAAAGGAUACUGGCCUUCCUACAACAUUCCUUUCCACGAAAAAAUCUACAGCUGGAGUGGCUAUCCGAUGUUAGUUCAGAAGCUGGGUUUGGAGUACUCCUAUGAUAUGGCUUCACGAGCCAAAAUCUUCCGGCGUGACCAAGGGAAAGUGACCGAUAUGGCAUCCAUGAAAUAUAUCAUGCGAUACAACAAUUAUAAGAAGGACCCUUACAGUAAGGGCGAUCCCUGCAACACCAUCUGCUGCCGUGAGGACCUGAACUCACUUGACCCAAGUCCUGGAGGUUGCUAUGACACGAAGGUGGCAGAUAUCUUCCUUGCGUCACAGUACACAGCCCAUGCCAUUAGUGGUCCCACAGUACAAGAUGGCCUCCCUGUUUUUCACUGGAACCGUUUCAACAAAACUCUCCACCAGGGCAUGCCAGAGACCUACAACUUUGAUUUUGUUAUCAUGAAACCAAUUUUGAAACAGGACAUAAAAUGAAGGAGGGACCUGAGGGAAUAGAAGGUUGCAUAAAAAAUUCCAAAGGCACUAUUUUAGCUAUGUUUUUUCCAUUCAGAAUUAAUCUUAAUAAAAUAUAUUAAAUUCAGUGUGUCA